UGUACUCUGUGCAAUCAGCAUCGGACAGCAGCUGAGCCGCUGCUCCUCGCCCGUCUUUAAAAGCUGCUGGAAACGCACGCACACGCACCCCGUUCACCUGCUGCCGAUACCCGAGCGAAGAUGUUCUGCAGACGGGCAUUUCAGAGAGUGGGGCCGCUGGCACGGAGGGCUUUCAAGCCGACGUCCAGGAACGCAGCUCCAGUGCGACACAUGGCCAUCGGGGUCCCUGGUGGCUCCUCCAACGUAGCAUACAUUGUUCUGUGUGGAGGAGGCCUUACUGCUGCCGUCGUCUAUGCCUACAAGACAGUCAGCGGGGAUGGUGAGCGCCAUGAGGACCGACUCGCCCCCAUGGCCGUCGUCGAAAAGGCACCAGAAGCAGCCGCUCCUGCAGCUGAACCCGCCGCAGUUGAGGAGGCCGCGGCGCCCCCUGAGGUCCUGGCCGAGUCCGUCCCUGCUCCUGCAGAACCGGUGGCUGAAGCUGCUGCCGUCGAGGCUGUGCCAGAAGAAGAAGAAGAAGAAGCAGCUGCAGUCGAGGUGGUUGUUACAGAGCCGGCAUCAACAGAAGAAGCCGCUCCGGCUGCCGUGGAAGAGGCGGCUCCUGCCACCAUGGAGGUGGCAGCCACAGAGGAGACUCCGGCAGAGGCCCCUGCAGCAGAAGCCCCCGUGGCAGAGAGUGCUGAGUCCAUGCCCGGUCUGCUCACAGCAGUGAAAGUCUUGACUGGCACUCCGAUUGAGAUAGCGGCAGCUUCUGUUGAGACAAGUCUGCUGAAAAGUUUGGACUUUACGGUGGAGGUGGUGGAGCCAGAAGCUGUGGAAGCAAUCACAGAGGUGGAAGCUAUAGAGGCAACCAUGGUGAACGAGGAGUUGAAGUCUGCAGAUGCUGAAGAGCUGGUUGAAGAAGGGACCGCUGCCAGUGUCGAAGCAGCGCUGGAGGAGGAAGAAGAGGAGAAGCUGGCUGCGUCUGAGGAACCUAUAACUUCAGUCCUCGCUGUGGUGGAGGAGGGUGAUGUGGAGUCUGAAGACCAGGAUGCUCACCCUGCAGCUGUCUCGGAGGAAGCUGUCGCCUCUUCCGACGCCCCGCCUGAAGAUGCUGCUCCUGCUGAGGAGGCCACCGCUGCUGCUGAUGCUGCUCCACUGGAUGACGCGGCACCCAAUGCUGAGACAUGGGUAGAGGACGUAGCAGCUGAAGCUGCAGCAGUUGUAGACACGAGUCAGCUGGCGGCAGCCUCCUCCGGGUCAGACCUGGAGGUGCUUUCAGCUGCUCAACCAGGAGCUACACCAGAAGCUCCAGUGCAAGAGGCCAAGCACUGCGUCUCCUGCCACCCAUCAAUAGCAGUCGAAGAGGCGCCACCUGCUGCUUUGGGAGUGCAGCUGUCCGGUGAGGAAGACGCGGAUAUCACGGAGGAGGUCAAGGAGGCAGAGUCCCUGGUGGAGGAACAAAAGCCAAAGGUGUCCAACUGGACAGUAAAAAGCUGCUCAGUGAUGUAAUAGUACAGUUAAGAAGCGACAGAGACUAUGUUGGUGGCAACAACCCAGUCAUGAUGGACAGUGUGCCUUCUACAACACUCGCUUAUCCGUCAACGGAGCCUGGAUGAUCGGUGAAAACGGCACGGGAGAACCAGCUACGGGUCUAACUAGUCAAUGUGUCCUUUUAAAAUGUUUUCAAAUGUGUUUAUUAUGUUUCCCAUCUUCCUUCUGAUCAAGCUUUAGUAACCUUGGUGAAAUUAUUCCCAUGAGGUCCUCUAGGUGUCACUAGCAUGACAAGUUGAGAGGAACACAGGGUUCUUUGUUGUUGUUGUUUCUAAUGUUGCAAUCAUUGGAAGGGUUUUGUUGUUAUGUAAUGUUUUGAUAGACUGAUUUCGAUAUUCAGCCUAACAAUAACUACCAACUAAGACUGCACCAGAUAUUGUAUUUGGGGAAAUAGUUCAAAUAAGUGCAGACAUGAGUAUGUUUAGUGGUUUAAGACCAUCAUACCUUUAUGAUGUUGCUAGUUUAAAAUAGAUGCAUUCUUAAAGGAAAACAUAAUAUUAGACAUAAUAUUGCAGAUGUUUGCUUUUUAAACUACUAGACUACAAAUGACAGCAUUAAUGUAUAUUUAAAUACAUGUAUAUUUAUAGAUCUAUAUAUGUGUAUGAUUUUCCUCUUCUUAUUCUAGACAAAUUUUUCUUCUACAACAAAGGGUAGAAACAAUGUCCAGGUUCAACAUGAACAUUCAAACAGAAGAGGUUUUCAAAUAUAUUAUUUAUUGUCAUCAUUGAACUAUAUAUCAUAAACUAGGUAAUAUACCUAUUUGUAUUUAGUUAAAUGCAAUACCGUUGUUGUCCUGAUAGUGUG